CUUGUUUACUCGGGUCCAGCCGACUUGCCGUCCUUCCUCCCUCACAAUCCAACAACCCCCCUCUACUUUAUGGAGAUGAUGGACUCACCGGUACUGCCCACGCUACCCAUUGGCCAACGGUGAUACCACUACAAUGGCAGCAGCUCAGAACAACCUGCUGUCUCGCACGAGAUCGGCCCGCGUUGCCGCCCCCAAGUCGACCAAGAACCCAUCCUCGACAAACGAAACUGCGGCGCCCUCAAAACACCACGCAGCCGUCGUGCCCUCCCCCUCCAACGUCUCGCUGUUCCUCACGAAUCUGCACCUCCUAGACCUGGACCUGCUCCCCGACUGGCCUGGCAUCAACACCCUGACCUUCACAAACAAGGAUGCCACCCAGGGGCAGAAGAAGAGGGUCCAGUGCGUCGAGUGGGCGCUGUACCAGCUCUUCGCCCUGUGGGACCCUGACGAGGCGCGCAAUAAGCUACAGCCCUUCUUUCCGCCCCUCGAACAGGUCCAGUCCGUCAACCUGCGGGCCGCGCUCCUACGAUGCCUCGAGCAAGCCAAGAAGAAUGGCAUAUUGGGAAGGGACACGGUCCUGCGCAAGACCAUGCUUGAUGAGUGCAGGGGCGAGAGGCUUGAGGAGGUGCUGGCCGUCUUCUCGUCGGCGGUACUGAAGAAAGCCGCUACGGAAGAGCAGCUGAACCGCAGGGCCCACCCGUCUCUUGCGCAGACACUGGCGCUGGAGAACCGCGGCUACACCGGGGAGCGAACGGACCUGAGCAGCCUGAUCAUCGCUCACAAGGUGUCCCUGAGGAACAAGCUGGACCACAAGAAGGCGUACCGGGCCCAAUACAACAACUUCGCCCGGGUCCUCGAUUCAAAGGAGCAGGGCAUCACCAACAGACGGGACCACACCAACUCAAAGGCACACCAGAGCAAGAUCCCGAAACUCUCCAAUGCCUCCAAGCAGGAAGUCCGACGCGCAGUCAGGACAAACUGGUCCGGGAACGAGCAAUGGAUGGGUGCCCUGCUGUAUGGCGACACCAAGUCGCAGAAGGACGGCGUGCUGACAGUACCUUUCGAUCGUGUCUGGCGCCGCGUGCGCGCGAACCGUCUCGGCGAGCUCGAGGACGAGAGCGGCGGCCUGCUCGAGCAGCUUGACAACCGCGUGCGCGCCCAGCAGGCACGGCUUGACAGGUGGCAGGACUUUAGGAAGGAGAUGUUCAGCGACGUCGGGGACCAGCCCCAGGAGGGAGCAGCCGGGCGCGUGGGCCCUCAAAGGGGCAUCGACCUUGGUUUUGGGGUCCACGAGGCACUGCACCUGCGGCGGGCCAGCCCCGGGAAGCUGGCAUCGCCCGGGGCGGCGGAGCUCACACAAGAGUACAGGAUGCUGGUAGACGGUCUGCAGGAGGAGUUGAAAGAUGGCCAGGGACAUGCUCUCCCCAAAUUUGGUUUCCGGAAACGGCGUGAGCAGCCCGUGGAGUCGACGGUCCACAGCAGCUCCAGCGAGAAGCCGGCAGAAGAGACCGUGUCCGAGCUGAGCGAGCUGGAGGAAGAGCUGGCAAAGACAACACUGCCAUUCCGGAGUAAACCUCCAGGGCUAUCCUCACGGGGCACGGGAGACCCAACGCACUCGGACAUGGAUCCCAAGCCACCACAGAAAGCACAGCGGCCGCGCCUCCCGCAGCCCCUCAAGACGAUGCAAGCCUUCAGGCCAAGGACAGUCCCGACCGAGAUCUCCCCGACAGAGCCCCCGAAGCCCCAGCUGCCGUCCCCACGCCGGGAGCAGGAGAACGCACCGCGGCCCCCCACCCGCCCAGCCAGGCUAUCGCCACCGCCCUCCCCGGCGCGGGGCGGCGGCUGCUCCUCACCGGACAUGACACAGUCGCCGGAGGAGAUCACGCCCUCGCCGACACAGCAACAAGCGGACCGGAUCCUGGCGUCCAUGAGCGCCGCUUCGCCCUCGCCAGCCAAGCAGCAGCGCCCGCGGCACACCCUCUCCCUGGCAGAGCGCACCCGCCUCUCCAUGGCGCGCGGCUCGAGCGCCGACCUCCUCGAUGACGACGACGAGCCGUCCAGGCCGUCCCGCCGGCGCAACACCGCGUCGCGGUCACCCACCAAGCCAGCGACGCCGACGACCCCGGCCCCCGCGGAGGAGGAGGAGGGGGGUGGGGGCAGGGCCCAAGACGGGGACGACAUCGUCGCGCGCACGCGGCGGUCGAUGGCCAACUUGCACGCGACGCAGCAGCGCGUGCGGCAGGAGAAGGAGCGGCGCGCGCGGCGCGAGGCGCGGGAGAAGAGGCUUUCCAACCGGAGCGGGGAGAUUGCGCGGCAGGCGUACUUCCCCGACACCACGGCGGUUGACGAGGGGGAGGGGGAGGGGGAGGGGGACUCGUCGGCCGCGGUGCUGGAGGCGCUCAUCGCGCGGGAGGCGGAGGGGGGCGGAGGGGGCGUGGACUAUGAUUCUGUGUUUCGGAGCCGGCCAAGGGUUAAGGCUAGUCCGCCUGGGACGCCUGCUGCGGGGGGUGGGGGGUGGUGAUUGAUGUGAUGGGAUGGGUGUGGGAUGUUGGGAUUGGAGGGAUGUUCAUGUGUGCCCUUUGGGGAACGAUGGUGGUGGGCUGGCUGGUUGUCGGUUGUGCCAUACCCAUAUGCUUAGUUAGGCACUGCCCGCGUCCUGACCUGGGCGGUUGGUUUGGGGCCGCGGACCGCACCUUUGAGAGGCAGACCAUGCCGUUGUUGGGUAGAGCCCACAUGAUGGUGUGUGCUCUGGUCGGUCAUGGCACUGUCUGCCUCCCGGUGGUGGGAUUCGCGGGCCCCCAGCCGGCCGCUGGGUCGGUUGGUCGUGCUUGUUGGGGAUCAGUGUCCCGUUCAUGGGCCGAUGUAUGAACGGCCUGGGUGAAAUGAUGACAUGGCUGGUUGGUAUGUCUGAGCUUUUAUCAUGACCGCGCUGGACGGAUAUGUGGUUGGUGAUAUGGGUACGAUCCGUCCGUGUGUGGUUCUUUGCUGGGUGCUUGUGGUGUCGUCCUUGGGCCGCCGUCCACCGAUAUGUUCCCCACGUGUACCUGUGAUUUGACAAGAUCUGGAAGGGCGAUUGCUAGCGAUGAUGGACUCUAGUCCUUGGAGUAUGAGACGGUUCGCGUCAUGACGUCCUGGGGUCCAGCGUUGAGGGGUUCUGCGAGCUGGUGGGAUCCUCGUGGCCGGUCGAUUCGUAUAGACAAAAGGAGUUGAGGGGGACACUGUAUCUUUGUUCCCUUGAGUUCGGA